GCGAGGCGAUCAAAGCAGCGAGGGAGGAAGAACAGCCAAAAUGGCAUAAUAAAGGGAGGCACGCACGCACGCCCGACCUCCGAAUUCUCUCUCUCCUCCAUUUUUGUGAGUUUUUUUUUGUUGUUUUUUUUUUUUUGGUCUCGCGAAAUCCAAAGACCCAAGAACAACCAAAAAGGCCAAUCCUUUUCUCCUCCUCCUCCUCCAUCUCCAUCUCCUCUUCGAGUCCUCGUCGUCGUGGUGGUCGUCGGAGGUGGUAUUCUUGAUUUGAUUCGAGGAGGCGGGGGGGGGGGGGGAGAUGAAAUCGCCAUUGCGGAAGUUCAGGGGAUUCGGUCUCCACAGCCACAGGGAGAGGAAGGACCACCGCCCGCCGCCGGCCAAGCUCGACGAGCUCGCCGACGCCGCCCAGGAAAUGGAGGAAAUGAGGAAUUGUUAUGACAGCUUGCUUUCAGCUGCAGCUGCAACAAUGAACAGUGUAUAUGAGUUUGCAGAAGCUAUGGAGGAAAUGGGAACUUGCUUACUUGAGAAAACUGCAUUGAAUUAUGAUGAUGAUGACAGUGGCAGAGUUCUGAUGAUGCUAGGAAAGGCCCAAUUCGAACUGCAGAAGUUUGUUGAUAACUAUCGUACAAAUAUCAUAAAUACCAUCACAAACCCAUCAGAGUCACUUCUCAAAGAGCUACAAGUUGUAGAGGAAAUGAAGGAACUCUGUGAUCAUAAAAGACAGGAAUAUGAAGCCAUGCGAGCAGCCUAUAGAGAGAAAGGACGGUCAAGGCAUUCCAAAACCGAAACAUUAUCCUCGGAACAGCUGCAAGCUUAUUUUCUUGACUAUCAAGAGGAUGCAGCAUUGUUUAUAUUCCGAUUGAAAUCAUUGAAGCAAGGUCAAUUCCGUAGUAUUUUAACACAGGCUGCUCGCCACCAUUCUGCUCAGUUGAGUUUUUUCAGGCGAGGGUUGAAGUAUCUAGAGGCUCUGGAACCUCAUGUAAAAGCAGUUGCUGAGAAACAGCACAUUGAAUACCCUUUAAAUGGACUAGAUGACGACACAGAUAAUGAUGAGUACAGCUCUUACCAGGGCAAUCAAAGUGAUGACAGUGAGUUAAGUUUUGACUAUGAGAUAAAUGACAGGGAUAAGGACUUCCCCGCUUCCAGAAGUUCAAUGGAUUUGGAUCAGUCUAAUCAGGCAUGUUCCCCAGAACCUCUGAAGGAACACAAGCAGGAAUAUACCGAACAAAUACAGGCAGAUUUUGCAGCUCCUCGAGUGAAGCUUGAGAUUGGUACCCAAUCAGCGCCAAUUUCUGCUGACAAUGUGUUUGAUCCAUCUACAAGGUUUCGGAAAAUGAAUACGUCAAACAGAACAAAUUAUUCGUACAAACUCCCGACACCAGAUGAUGACAAGAACUCCACUUCAGCACACACCAAUAGAUCUCCUCAUUCAGAUCAACCAGAAAGUAAAUCUCACGUAGCAGAAAAUUUAUGGCAUUCCUCUCCACUGGUCAAAGGUUUUAAACCAAACUCCAUGUUUAGUGGACCUGUUAAGAUGCCAUCAAGUACUGAAGGGAUAUCAGCGCCACUUGUUUAUCCCUACGCUACUUCAGAUUUUAAGAAAAUGAAGAGGGAAGCAUUUUCCGGUCCAAUUCCAAGCAAAGCAGGAUUGAACAAGCCCUUGUUUUCUGCUACUGAUCUCAGAGCACCAAUGAACUAUCCUCGUGCAAUGUCAACAAAAUCAUAUGGCCCAGGCUGGCAGUCAUCCGUGGCUCCAAAAUUUACCCCUAGGAUCACUUCACUCCCAACUACAUCACCGAGAAUAAGUGAGCUACAUGAACUGCCUAGGCCUCCAGCAAAUGUAGGUGCUGCCCGUCCUGGUUUGGUUGGAUAUUCUGGCCCUCUGGUAUCAAGGCGGCAGGUGCCUAAUGUACCGACCCGCGCCUCACCACCAUCACAAACAGCAUCACCUCUUCCACGGCCACCUGCUGCCAUGACCCGCAGUUAUUCUAUACCUUCAAAUAGCCAAAGAACACCCAUUCUUACCGUGAAUAAGUUGUUGGAAGCUAGGCAUAGCAGAGAGAGUAGUGAAGUUUCCUCUCCCCCAUUAACACCUAUAUCUUUGGCUGAUGUUUCCCGCAGAUCAACAGCAGAAACAGCUCUUGAAAAAACAAGGAUGAUGGAAACCUUGUGAAAACUUGCAUGGCCAAACUUCAGUCAUCAUAGGCAAUUUUGUAUGUAAUUAUUUGUGCAUUCUAGAUUGCCCUCUGUAAAUUUAUGUUUCUUGCGAAGGAAAAAGUUGAAAUAAAGGCGCACUGGUUGGAAGAUUUUUGUUUCUUUGGCCGGCUUUUCUGACAACCUUAUGGAUUUAGUGAAUCUGACUACUAUUAGUUUACCAUCACUCACUCAAUAUUCUGAUUUUUUUGGGGGGAUUGCUGAUGUGAACUAUAUUGGCGCUGUAAAUACAUUAUUACCUUUACCAUUUUCUUUGUUUGAAACAAAAACAUGUGUUUCUCCUAUGUAUUUCCAGGACCAAAAGAACGAUGUCGAAAUUGUAUAUAUUGAGUUUGAGCUGUGCUAAUAUAUGAUUUGUGUAAAAUGCUCUCCAAAUAUUGAAGUGCAUAAUGUUCAAGGCAAGAUAUGCUAA